AUGGCCGCUGCUUCUCACCACCGGUGCACCAGCGUCGCCUCCGAGCUGGAAGGCACGCUGCUCAUCUCCGGCAGCCUCUUCCCAUACUUCUUCCUCGUCGCUCUCGAGGCCGGCGGCCCGCUCAGGGCGCUGCUCCUGCUCGCCGCGUACCCUCUCGUCGCGCUGCUCGGCGCCGCCUUCUCGUCGGACGACCUCCCGCUGCUCGCCAUGACGUUCCUGUCCACCGCCGGCCUCGGCGUCGCCGACGUGACGGCGGUGGCGCGCGCCACGCUGCCCAAGUUCUUCCUGGCCGACCUCCGGGGCACCGCGUUCCGGGCCUUGGCGCGCCACGGCGACGCCGCCAGCGGCGGCGAGAGGUACGUCGUCACGCGCCUGCCCAGGCUCGUCGUGGAGCCGUUCGUCAGGGAGUACCUCGGCGCCGACGUCCGCGUCGUCGGCACCGAGCUGCGGGUGGUCGCUGGGAGCCGGUUCUCCGGCACUUUGGUAGCCUCGCCGGGCGUCGUGGGUGGCGGUGACCGGAGCUUGGGUGCUCUGGUGGCCGUUCUUGGGCGCGACCGGAUCGUCGACGUGGGACUCUACUGCUCCGCCUCCGGCGGGGACCGGCAGCCGGCGUUUCUGCAGGUUUGCCAGGAGCGCCGCGUGGUGUCCGCGCCGGAGAAGGCGCCGGCGACGCCUCUGCCGAGGAGCGAGUACCUGCGGCCGCUGGUCUUCCACGACGGCCGCCUCGUGUGCCGGCCGGACCCGCUCGUGUGCCUCGCCAUCUUCCUGUGGAUCCCGCUCGGCGUGCUCCUCUCCGUGGCGCGCCUCCUCUUCGGCUUCUUCCCCCACGGCGCCGGCCUCCUCCUCGCCGCGGCCACGGGCUUCCGGAUACGCGGCAGCCUCGGCGGAGCAGCGGAGCCGGCGGGACCAGGGCGAGGCACAUUGUUCGCCUGCAACCACCAGACGCUGAUGGACCCGGUGAUCCUCUCGACGGUGCUGCGCCGGAAGGUGACCGCCGUGACGUACAGCCUCUCGAGCUUCUCGGAGCUGAUCGCGCCGAUCCCGACGGUCCGGCUGACGCGCGACCGCGGCAGGGACAGCCGGAUCAUGCAGGGCGAGCUCACCCGCGGCGACCUGGUGGUCUGCCCGGAGGGCACCACCUGCCGGGAGCCGUACCUGCUGCGGUUCAGCCCGCUGUUCGCCGAGAUCGCCGGCGAGGUCACGCCGACGGCCGUCCGGGCCGGCGGCACCAUGUUCCAUGGAUCCACGGUGCGGGGACACAAGUGGCUCGACUCCGUCUUCUUCCUCAUGAACCCGGCGCCGUGGUACGAGAUCCGGAUCCUCACGCCGGUGGCCACCUGCGGCAGUGGCGGCGGCGCGUCGAGCCUCGACGUGGCGAACGGCGUCCAGCGUGUGAUCGGCGACGCGCUUGGGUUCGAGUGCACAGGGCUCACGCGCAGGGACAAGUACCGGAUGAUCGCCGGACACGACGGCGUCGACGCGAGGUCGUCGCCGCCGAAGCCGCCGCCGUCGUAG